CACUCUCUCUCUCUCUCUCUAUCAUGUUAACCAAACAUCUUGCAUAAGUUUUGGACACAUUAAACAUGAAGGCUCUUCUAAUAUGGGCUGUUUUGCUGAACUUUUACAAGCUCCCUAAGACAGGUGACUGCGUUUCAACACAUGACCAAGUUCUCUCAAUCCAAGUCACAACACAUCAACAAGCAGAUAUUGUGAGGAACAUAUCCAGCCAAUAUGAGACAGUUUUGUGGUCACCUACUUCACCUGAGUACAUCGGAGCACACACUGAGGUGCACCUGUUUGUUCCUGCCAACAAAUUGGGGACUGUCACAGACCUGCUGCAGACACACCACCUAACACACCAAGUGCUACUGGCCAACACAGAGGAACUGAUCGAGAUGCAGACCAGGAAUGAAUCGUCGGACCCUAGAAGCAGUGCAUCUUAUUAUGAGAGAUACCAUUCUCUGGAGGACAUCUACAAUUGGAUCAACAAGACUGCCCAGGACUACCCAGACAUGGUCAAAGUCACCCUGAUUGGCUCAUCAUAUGAAAAACGCCCACUUUACGUUCUCAAGUUGUCUGGACGACAAGAGAGAGCUGAAAAGAGAGCAAUAUGGAUUGACUGUGGCAUUCAUGCUAGAGAGUGGAUCUCCCCAGCUUUCUGCCUGUGGUUUGUGCAAUAUUCCUUGAACUUCUAUAAUCUAAACAAUGACAUCACUGAGAUGCUGAACAGUAUGGACAUCUAUGUGCUGCCUGUCAUGAACCCGGAUGGAUACAAGUACACAUGGACAACGAACCGAAUGUGGAGAAAGAAUCGUUCCUUGAGCAAGGAAAGCAACUGUGUUGGAACCGACCUCAAUAGAAACUUUGACGCAAACUGGUGCACAAAGGGAGCCUCCAACAGGCCCUGUGAUGAGAUAUACUGCGGCCAGUUCCCAGAGUCGGAGCCUGAGGCAGAAGCCGUGGCUAACUUCUUGCGCAGCCACAAAGACUCGGUAAAGCUCUAUCUCUCCAUCCAUUCCUAUGGUCAGAUGCUGCUCUUCCCAUACUCCUGCUCCAAUGAGGAGGUGCCUAACCACGCCGAGUUGUUUGAGCUUGUACAGGAGGCAGCCAUGAAAGUCAGAAGAUACUACAGGAACAACUACAAAUACGGCGCAUCAGCAAAAACAAUAUACUUAGCCCCUGGAGGUUCUGACGACUGGGCCUACAACCUGGGCAUCCACUACUCCUUCACCUUUGAGCUGGAGGACCGUGGUCGAUAUGGUUUCCUCCUACCGCCAUCAUUAAUCUCCAAGGCCUGCAAUGAAGCCCUCCUCGCUCUUAAGAGUAUCGCUCUCAGAGUCAUUCAGAAAACACAACCCCAACCCUAACACGGAACCCAAACCCGCUGCGCGUGUGCGCCAUCGUGCGCCGUCGUGCAUACAUUUAUUUUGUCCCCCCACACCAAACGCUAUCACGACACACAGGUUAAAAUAUCAAAACAAACUCUGAACCAUUGAUAUUAAUUUGGGAACAGGUCGAAAGCAUUAAACAUGUAUGGCAAUUUAGCUAGCUAGCUUGCACUUGCUAGUUAAAUUGUCCUAUUUAGCUAGCUUGCUGUUGUUAGCUAAUUUGUCCAAGGAUAUAUUUUUUAUUUUAUUUUACCUUUAUUUAACCAGGCAAGUCAGUUAAGAACAAAUUCUUAUUUUCAAUGACGGCCUGGGAACAGUGGGUUAACUGCCUGUUCAGGGGCAGAACGACAGAUUUGUACCUUGUCAGCUCGGGGGUUUGAACUUGCAACCUUCCAGUUACUAGUCCAACGCUCUAACCACUAGGCUACCCUGCCGCCCCUAUAAACAUUGAGUUGUUAUUUUACCUGAAAUGCACAAGGUCCUCUACUCCGCCAAUUAUUCCACACAUAAAACGGUCAACCGAAUCGUUUCUAGUCAUUUCUACACCUUCCAGGCCUUUUCUUCUCUUGACUUUAUAAUGCGAUUGGCAACUUUCAUAAAUUAGGUGCAUUACCGCCACUGACCUCGUUCGUCUUUCAGUCCCCCACGUGGGUAUCACCAAUGAGGAGAUGACACGUGGGUACCUGCUUCUAUAAACCAAUGAGGAGAUGGGAGAGGCAGGACUUGCAGCGCGAUCUGCGUCAGAAAUAGAACUGACUUCUAUUUUAGCCCUUGGCAACGCAGACGCUCGUUGGCGCGCGCGAGCAGUGUGUGUGCAAUAAUUGAAUAACAUGGAUUUCUACAUUUAUUUUGCAAUGCUCGCACACGCAACGAGAGCGGUGUAGUCAGCCUGCAACCCUUUAUGCCCCUGAGAAGUUGGCUGUGUAAACCUGAGCAGUUUCACGUCUGAUUUUGUCCAAAGUAAUCCCUUUUAUCAAAGUAUGUUUAGUGUGCGUGUCUGUCAAACAUGAUUGUAAAUUGUAUCAUCAUUUUUUUGUUUUUAAGGAGUAGGGCAGUCCCAAUCAUGACAUAAUUAGUUGUUUGUUGGAGGAGAGGAAAGACGGGGGAGAGAGUGCUGAAAUAGCAAUGGGUCUGAUGCGAACCCAUGCAGCUGCAAGUGGUGUUCCAUGGGCAGCGUCUUAGACCGCUAGGCCAGCCUAGUGUCACCUUAGCACAACAUUCAUGUUUUUUGUAGUAAGAAAUCAUAGACACUAAUGAAAUCUUUGUUUUAUUCCAACUGUAUAUCCUCCUACAGCUUUGAAGCUUAAAACUAUAAUUGUGUUGACAGUUCUCUGUGUGUAGGCUUCUAAUGGUGUAACAAGAUGAAUAUUCCAACAGAAAACAAUAAUAAAAUUAGAUAUUUAAAUGUU